GCGCUAAAAAUUUCCAUAUAAAAGCCGCCAGCAACGGCAUCGGCAGUUUAGUCGCUUUGGAGUUUUAUCGUGUCGCGUUCGUUGCUUAAGUCUUUCGUAUUGUUUGGAUCUUUAAUUGGAUUGUGUUUAUCAACAUGAAGUACGCUGUCAUCGCCCUCGCCCUCUUCGCCGUUGCCUGUGCCGCUUCCGACGCUGGCCAAUUUAUUCCCAAGGCAAUCUACACACUGGACUCCGAGGGUCACAAAUCGAAUGUGUUUCCCGUUAGUGCCCAAUUGCUGAGACGCCUGCGUCGCCAGGUGUUCUCGUCGUCGUCGUCUUCGUCGUCAUCGUCGUCGUCCUCGUCGAACGGUGGCACCACCCUCCUCACCUCGACCCAUCAUGUGCAGCAAACCGAUGGCUCCACCAUCAGCGGUGGAACCGUUCAACAUAUCGUGCAGCCCGACAUCAUCGGACAACGCUUUGGUGAGGACUCGUCCACUGGCAGCUAUCGGCCAGUGUCUGGCCAGGCAGCAGCCACCCAGGGCGCCUAUAAUACAGGCGCCUACAACACUGGCAGCUACAACACUGGCAGCUACAACCCAACUGGAGUUAGCCAGAGCAAGGUACCCAAGCCUCAAGGCGUUGUGAUCAGCUACACGGAUACCAAGGAUGCGUACGGAAAUAACCUGCACCACGAGACCACUGGCACCAUCGGCAGCGAUGGCAAAUGGAAAUACGACCAGACGAGCUACAAGACGAAUUAAAUGCCAAUCUCCGCUCCUCCGCCCCCGCUUCCCUACCCACACCCCCUACACAGACAUACGCACACACCUAUGCUAAGAAAUAUGGUCUGUGGCCUAGUGAUGUGUAAUAAAAAGUGUAAUACACAGCCACA